CUCUCGUUGCGAGUGCUAUACUACAUAAGAUGUCAAGGCGAGCUCAUUCGAAAAAGGAAACUGAUUUCAAGAGAACAAUGCUUAUGCAUUCCCGUGUGUUUCGCCAGAGAGCCAUUGAUGUGACUCAAAGCCUCUUCGAAAAUAAUGAAAUGGAAGCCAUUUUUGUCCUGGAAGUAGAAAAUUCUACGUCUGUUUGGGGUAUUAAAGAAAGCUGUCUAGAAUUUUCCCAAGCACACAAUAUCUCUCAGUUUGUUUCACAUCACGUCCCACAAAGAAGUUUUGACAGGAUUUGGUAUGGCGCGGGAUUCUUUCACGACAACGAUUUGUACGAAACCAAGGAAGAAAAGUGUUGUACCGUUCGUGUCAAGAACUUCAUAAUCCCUUUGACUGCUUGGAUCACGUCUCCCUUUUUGAAGUUCUUUAUCCAUUACAGCAUCUUCUGCCUGUUCUUGGUCUGCUUAAGCGCUUUUACCAUGACCAACAUCACAACAGAAAAAUGGCCAAUUGACAAGAAGUCAAUCUAUGAGUACUGCGCGUACCUGUGGCUGUUCGCUGACAUCAUUGAGGAGUAUGUACCGCCAGCCUUCUACACGAUCCGGCAAUAUUUGAAUUCGAAGCAAUGGCGACGUAGAGCUUGGAACCACAUGCACAACUUCUGGAAUGGAAUGGACGCUUUGUCUUACUUAGUGCUUACCAUCGGGAUAAUUGUCCGAUUUGGUUACGAAACAACAAGUUUCGAUAUAUCCAGACGAUUUUACAGCGUUGGUUUAUUUCUCAUGUUCAUGAGGUAUCUCCAUGUUUUAUUGAUUUCAAGGAGGAUUGGCCCCACUGUCAUCAUGUUGAAAGAGGGACUCAAAGAGUUGAUGCGAUUUGUAGUCAUCAUGGCGGUAUUUAUCUUGAGUGCUGGAGUAUUCUACCACGCCAAUAUCUAUCCAAACCACUACGACAUGUUCUCACCUCAUGGCAUGAGAUAUUGGAGUGUCUGGCAAAUCAUCUAUUAUCCUUACUGGUCAAUUUAUGGAGAGUUCAAAGAUGAAAUCUAUGGAGAAGACUCUACUGACACCUGCAGCCGCAAUGAAACCGUCUACAUGAAUGACCCCAACAUCGUGAGGUGCCCUGAAAAAGACUGGAUGGUCUCCCUUAUGUCUGGAUUCUUCGUCUUGAUACUGAACCUGUUACUGGUGAACCUUAUCAUCGCUAUGUUCAGUUUCCGAUUCGAAGAAAUAAAGGAUAACUCGGACCAGUUCUGGCGAUUCCAUAGAAGUCAGGUGAUCAUGGAAUUCCGAACCAGAAUCCCUGUGCCUUUUAAUUUGCUGUUCUGGCCGGUUUACAUUAUCAAGUCAUGUUUAACAAGCAACCAGGCUAGAGAGCAGAAAGAUAAAGAUAAGAAAGUCAGAGCAAAACUAGACGAAAAGCAGCAGAUAUUGGCAGGUCGUUGGAUGCUAUCGGAAAGUGAGGCUCAGACGCUCUAUCAAGAAACAUGAACCAACCAGAAAUGGUGUGAAAAUGGUAAAAUGGAAUCUCAAACACCGAAAAAGAUGUACGGACUGUCUAUAACGUAACAUGGACCAGUCCCGACUACAGACUUUCUACGACAAUCAAGUGUGUAAAAUAGUGUUAUAUGUUGGAAUUUAUAACAAGGGUACGAAAAUGUUACUUCGCAAUUGUAGUAGACUUAUCUAUAUAUACUUAUUGAUAUUUUGAGUUAACAGUCAUUCCGGAUUGAUCGUUUCCAAACUCCGAACGGUAAAUCUUUGCAACAUUUCCUUGAAGUUCGGGAUGCGACCAGUUUUGUGUACGUAGCAAAAGCCGUUUCCCCUCAGGUACAGCAGUUGACCUGUCCCAAUGUGUAUACAUUGUGUAGGAUGGACCAAAUUCACCAUGUAUUUUAGGGUAGGGAUUAGUUUUACUAUUAUCUUUGAUCAUUUUUACAGACAAUCGUGCCGACUAAUCGGUUCGUCACGACAGAGGGACAGAUUGUCGAUAAAUUGAAAAACGGUAUACUUAGUGCGUGUUUCGCAUACUAUUGGAGGUGAUCUGUACACCUACAAUGAACAUGUGUUUCAGGUACAGAUGUAAAUGGAGGUUUAUAUAUAAUGCUUUCAAAACAUACCUUAUUGUUUUUAAUAGAUCGAACACGAUGUAUCAAGAUCUGAACGUAAAUGGUUACUAGGUUCGAAAUAAGUAAAUGAAGCGGUAAGUACCAUACACGUUGGUGUCUAUCUUGACAAGUAUAAAUUAGGUCGUCCUAAUAUACACGAUGUCGACUUGCUUUUUAAACGCUCCAUUGCGGAUUGGAGUCGUUUAGAAAAGAUUCAAAAUCUUAGUGUUAAAUUGAUUCAAUGUUUUCCUUUAUAUACUAAAUCUGACAUCUGUUUAGAAAUGUUGACUUUAACAUCCCUUCUGCAAGAGAAGAUCCAUGUUAUCAUCGUUGAACACUCGUAUGCCACAUUGUGCCGUUUAGUAAUUAGUUUUAUUGCGUUUAUUACAACUGUACAAAUGUAUCAUCAGAUGUUCACGAGUACCGAUGGUGAAGUUCAAAAUAUAUGGUUUAUUUCACAUAAGUAUGAUCUACAAACUUAUUUGUAUGAUAUUCUAAUCGGGUACAUUCCGGAAGAAGGUUCAAUCGAAAUAAAUCGUAAAAAAUAUAAGCUUUUUAUAAAGGAAGGAACGAAUGGCAAACUCGCUUGAAUGCCAUCAAUGAUUUUAGUCGUUUCAAAAUACUUCAGACUUCUCUUGUACCUUCGCCAGUUAACUUUUUCUGAUGGUUUUUAAAUGUUUUAUUUGGCUAAGUUUGUCAGAAAGUUGCACAGUUUUGGACAAUUAGUCCGGAUUGUGAACUAUAUGAUUAAAAUUUAAUUGUUAUGAUGAAGAUGUUUUUGUACACUGAUGCAUUGAUUGUUGCCAUCCCGAUAUUGUAGAUUUACGGGAUUUAUUUCUUGCAAAAAAAAUGUGAAUGACUAUCAAGUUGCUGUAUAUGUAUUUACGGAGAGAUCACCUAUCAGAUGUGACGUCAGCAAUUUCUUUCCAGUGCAAGUACGGAAUUUGCGACGUCUGGUGGUAGCCUCCAUUACUAAAAAUGCUAGACAACUGAGACAACUUUUGUAGCACUUUGUUCAAAGUAUAUGUAAGAAAUACUAACUUAUUCAAAUAUCCUGUUAACGUUAUUGUAAUGUUGUAAUCUGAAUACGGGAACAGGCCCGAAGGUGGAAAGAAGACUUUGCUCUUUAAUUGUGAUGUCAAAUAUAACCAAUUUUGACAAUUCUGCUUAUUUGCUCAACGCAUUUUGUCUGUCCUACAUGUAGUACUAUCAAUAAUGCAACAAAGGCCUACUCCUCUGACGGUUAGUCGUUAACACGUUAGACAAUCGCGAUGUGUAUUCAACCCAUUUUAUAUUGGUUUUACGAAAAUAGGAAUGUAUACAACUGUUUAAUCUCCUUGGGUGACGCUACGCAUUCGCAUUUUUCUGUUUACAUUUAGAGCAUCGUAUUACCGCAUGGUUUUGUUUUGUAAUAGUCUUAAGGCCCAUCGACUAGCCCGAGAGUUUAUACCAUAUUCAUAUCAUGCUUGAGAAGUGAACAUUGCCUGAGAGUUUGUACCAUGCUUGAGAACAUUGCCUGAGAGUUUGUUCCAUGCUUGAGAACAUUGCCUGAUAUUUUGUAUCAUGCUUGAGAACAUUGCCUGAUAUUUUGUACCAUGCUUGAGAACAUUGCUUGAGAUUUUAUACCAUGCUUGAUAACAUUGCCAUGAAAUUUUAUACCAUGCUUAAGAACAUUGUCUGAGAUUUUAUAUCAUUGAAUGAGGAAAAUACAGUUACUGUCAAUUUGUCAUGUCCGACCAAUUAUACCUGUAUACUGAAAUCAAUUAUGUUUGAGAAAAUGUGAAUUGUCAGAGAAUGUGUCAUGCUUUAGAACAUUGCUCAAGAAUAUUAAUCAUGCUUGGGGAAGAUAUAGUUCCUGUGAAUUCAUGACUGACCAAUAUAAUCAAUUAAAAACGAAAACAAUAAAAACUUGAAUUGAUUUCAUUAAAGUAAAUAAUGACUAGCUUUUAUGAUACUGUAGAAGAUUGUAGGUAUUGAAUUGGAUGACAACAUUAUUGCUUUGUAAUUUUAAUUUGUAAUGCAAAAUAAAACUUAAAUUUAAACUCUGGAAAUAUAAUGUAAACCACGAAAAUAAUCUUUAUUGAAACACACUAAUUACUGUUUAAUCUGCUUUUUAACCCUUUUUAUAUUGAUUAACAAACAGUUAGAAAUUAUCUGAAAUUCCAGUGUUUGAUAAGCUGGUAACUUUGAUGGAUUGUAGUCUGAGUUUAAAAAAAAAAAAAACUUGCUCUUGAAUGUAUAUCAAUAAUCGUUUUGGCAUAUAUAAUUGCUUUAUUUAAAAUUUCACCCUUUACAUGUCAUUAUUUUCUAUGUCCAAGUAUUUUACCAACGCCUCCUUCAGUUCUUUCAGUACUUUGAUUUUAUUAGUACUUUGCUAUGGGGUUUUUGCUUUAGAACUGCAAGAUUUGUUUACUAACGUAAAAGACCUAAUCUCGUUUAGAUUGUACUGUUUUUCGUUUAUGAACAAAAUUUCAGACUUAAUAUUUCAAUAAUGUUUGUAUCGCUACACUCAUGUAUAUCCAAUACACUUUGUGCUUACACGCUGCUAAAAGCUAAAACACUGUGUAGUGUAUCUUUUUUUUAUUUGUAAGUAGCACUUUAUUUAAUAAUAUUCAAUAAAUUGCUUUUGCUUUUCUUAUUUUGUCACAUUCCUUUUCUUUGUACACGUAUAUAUUUCUACAUCACUACUUGUUUAUUUUUUUAAUUAUGGAGGAAUAAAGAUAUGAA